UGUCAGCGAUACAGUACGUUCCCUGGCUAGAACUGUCCCGGAAGCACGCAGAAGGUUAUAUGGCGCGGCUAUAUAUUGGUCGUCAUUUGUGCCCGCGCGCAGUACAACUUGCGCUUGCGUCCAUUCCGUGACCGUGAAUAUUAUCAAAAUGCGUUUCAUCAUUAUCGCGGCCGCCAUCUUAGCAAUGGCCCAGGCAAGGCCUGGCUUGUUCUUCGCGCAGCCUUACCAGCCAAUCGGAGUGCAAUACGUAUCAGCUCCAGCAGCUAUACACCCUCAUCCUGCCGUGGAACUAAAUGCUGCCAGCGAGGCCCAAUUACCACGAGAGCUAUUAAAGUCCAGGGAUUUUUACGACAACCCUCACGUAGCUGCUGGUCUGGCCAAGGAAUCCUGGUUCACCAACAAGGAGAUGCAAGUCGUUGAAAGAGAAGCGGAGAAGAUUCCUCGUGAAAGCAUCUACCAUAUUGUCAAGAGCGCCGGGUUCUUGGACCGUCAUUAAAGUGAAUUGUACUUUAUUGUGUUAUGGAUAGAAUUGUGAUUUGUCUGUAUUAGUAGUUAGUCUAGAUGAUUUGUGUCUGGAAUUAUGUAGUGUGGUUCUAUUUAUAACUUAAUUUUGAUGUAGGUAAGGAUUAUUUUCUAUUAUUUUUUCUUCUACCGAAUCUGCGCUGAUUUUAUUGUGUAUAUUUUAUGUAUAUUUAGGGGUGUUAUGUAAAUAAUUAUUUAGUUCUUUUUUAUUUAUAGUAAUGUAGGUUUUUGUAUGAUUUUAUUUAUAUGUUAAAAGUAGUUAAAAGAUUUGUCAGUUCGUCACCUUGUCUUAUUUAAGUAUGAUAAUAAACAAAUGUCUAGUUAAAAAUAGAUUUAAGAUUUAAUUAGAUUAUUCUAAGUCAUAAAUAUUCGAAUAAAUAUUAUAUAAAUUAUAAUUAUGUAACUUCUUAAGUGUAAACUUGUAAACAACUUAUUUAUGUAUCAUUAAUUUAUGUAAAUAAUAGUGUAUUGCAUGUUAAGGUAAACCGGUUUCGCCUUGAAGGCAUUAAGUAAUAAUUAUUAAUAAUAUUUUAAUAAUAUCAAUCUGUGAUCUCGAACAAUAAGUACACUAAGUAAGUUAUUGUUCAAUAAUUAUUUUUAUGUUGUGUAAAUAAUAAUAAUAGUAGUAAAAAUGUUAUUAAUUUAAUAUUAAAAACUAUUUUUGAUAUA